ACUUGAAGAAAAACUCCAGGCGUGGAGUAUGGCUGAACCGGGACACUAUCCUCCGCCGGACUUCGGCUGUCCCCCUCCUAAUACCAUCCAGUCUUUCCAGCAGCAGCAACAGCAACAGCAGCAGCAGCAGCAGUCCCGCUUGAGCAGCUUCCAGCCCAGUAUGUGGAGCUGGAGCGAGACACCCACCGAACCCGUCUGGGACUACAGCAAUCAGCCGGGAUGGCAACACGGGGCAGCGGCAGGGUCUGGUUUCCCAUCAGGCCGUGGAAAUUAUGGAGCUAAACGUCCAUAUGGUCAAAAUUUUGGUCGUGAAUGGGGUCAAGGUGGACAUCGAGGUGGAAGACCGAAUUUCGGAGCCCCUAAUAAUCGUGGGAAAAAGCAAAGAAAUAAGAAAGAACCAGAGUAUUCCCAUUUUUGUGACACCUGUGACCGGGGCUUCAAAAACCAGGAGAAGUACGAUGAACAUAUCUCUCAACACGUCAAGUGUUGUGUGCCCGACUGUAGCUUCAUGGCUCAUGAGAAAUUAGUCAGCAUCCACUGGAAAAAUAACCAUGCACCAGGCACCAAAAGAAUAAAGCUGGACACAGCAGAGGAGAUUGCAAAAUGGAGAGAGGAGAGGCGCAAAAACUACCCAACACUUCAGAAUAUCGACAAGAAGAAAAAGUUGAUGGAGGUGGAGGAGACAGGAGCUGUUCUAGAGACCGCUCAGUUUGGGCGAAUGAGAGGCAGAGGCCGAGGAGGAUGGGGUCGAGGUUGGGGGAACAGAGGGCUCCAUGGACGACACCCUCGGGGCCCUCACCCAUCGGACAGCAGUGUUACAGGAAGAUCUCCACCCCUCACCCAGCCCGGCAGGGAUGGGGAUCCACUGGGAGUGCUGGCCAGCAGUGACCAUGAUUCGGACCGAGAGGAUGCAGGUCCUGAGGCCAGGACUGGUGGCCUGGUUGUGGCUCCUAAACAGAUGAGCUCAGCUUUGGUCCUGCUCGCCAACUAUGGCUCUAUGAGUGAAAGUGACGAGGAACCAGAGGCCACCCCUAUUAAGAGAGCCAAAGAUCUUGUGCAAGAAAACCAGGCUCUCCUAAGCACAACUACACUGAACUCUCAGGACAGAGGACCCUCUAGAGCCCCGCAAACCUCUUCACAGGUUACAGUGGCUCAUAAAGAUGGCUGCCCGAACAAUGCCCUUCACACACCUAACAGCAGGAGAGGAAGAGGGGGACGAGGAAGAGGAGGAAGGGGUGGUCGAGGAGGACACCAAGAUACACCGCAGACUCGUCGUGCAACUCUGCUUGAGAUGUUACUGGCUCCAGAUAUCCGCCAUGAGAGGAAUGUCCUCUUGCAAUGUGUGCGCUAUAGUCGAAACAACUUCUUUGGCCUGGAGAGCAAACCUCAGAAUCAGAAGGGGAUAAAGGAUAAAGUCACACCAGCUAUCCCAACCGGAGAGCAUGAAGGGAGGCAGGAGAAGUCAUCGGAGGAAUCCAAGUGUGUGCCUCGGUCCACCUCUCUGGGUGGUGGCGAGAGGAGUUCAGCAGAAGUUAGUAAUCAGGAGGAUUUAGAAACAACUAAAGCUGUUGCAGAUGACCAGUAUUCUUGCUCAGAACCAUCAAAGGACACACCUGAGGACUCAAGAGCAAGUGCUCAGCAGUUCGCAGGGGAUUUAAUCCAAAAUGCUGAGGAGACAACUGCCAAAGACUGCCAAAGCCUCUAUUUGACAGGCACAGAUAAAAUCAGAUCUACCUCUAAUAUUUAUGAUGAUGAAAUAUGGGAGAGCCCUGGUGCUGUUAUGUGA